AUGUUGGACAAGUUCGACGAAAAUGGCCAAUGCUCGGUGUCAAAGUCCCAGAUCCACACCCGCAGGCAGCUGCGGCUAAUCUGCAUCGGGGCUGGAAUAGCAGGCAUUGCGGCAGCGUAUAAAUAUGAUCGUCAACUCAGCAAUGUGUCAUUCGUCAUCUACGAGAAGAACGAGGAUGUCGGGGGCACCUGGCUCGAGAAUCGCUACCCCGGUUGUGCAUGCGAUAUCCCUGCCCAUGGAUACACAUAUUCAUGGGAGGGUAACCCGGAAUGGUCUUGUUUCUACGCAGAGGCCCCCGAGAUCCACGCAUAUUACAAGUCUUGUGCUGAAAAGUGGAACUGUAUGAGAUACAUCAAAUUGUCGCACCAAGUCACGGAAGCAAAGUGGUCGUCCAGCUCUUCAAAAUGGGACGUUAGUGUAAAAAUCCUGGCAACAGGAGAGACAAUUGUGGAUGAAUGUGAUGUCCUUCUGAGCGCUACCGGUGUGCUAAACAAGUGGAAAUGGCCAGAUAUCACUGGGAUUCACGAUUUCAAGGGAAAACUUCUUCAUUCAGCACGAUGGGACAACGACUAUAGUUUCGAGGGUAAACGAGUGGCUGUAAUUGGGGCCGGAUCGUCUGCAAUUCAGAUCGUCCCCAAGUUGACACCAAUUGUGGCAGAGAUGGUUAGUUUCAUCCGCUCGCGAACAUGGAUCACUGCAGAAUUCAAUGCCGACCUGGCACCGCAAGGGCGAGAAACCAGGUACUCCGCAGAACAAAUCGAGAAAUUCAAGACAGACACACAAUAUUUCCUUGACUAUCGGAAACGGUUGUAUAAUGCGUCGGGAGCCAAUUACACCGUAUACUACAAAGACUCAGAAAAACAGAAACUUGCGAAGCAACGGUUUACUCAGAUGAUGAAAGAGAGAUUGAACUUCAGAGAAGAUCUUUGCUCGCGAAUUAUUCCAGAAUUUGCGGUUGGAUGUCGGCGGUUCACUCCGGGCACCGGAUAUCUAGAGGCGCUGGUAUCGCCUAAUUCACGCGUCGUGACGACGGACAUUGAAUGCAUCACUAGUGGUGGCCUGCGCACCACUGACGGAGAGGAGUAUGAGGUUGAUGCCAUUAUUUGUGCUACAGGAUUCGACACAUCUUUCAAGCCAGCCUUUCCGGUCAUCGGGCUGAACGGGAGGAACUUGGCAGAGGAGUGGAAAGAGCAGCCACUACACUAUCUUUCUGUUGCAGCACCAGGAUUCCCAAACUAUUUCAUGGCCGGUGGACCCAAUAGUCCAAUAUCUAAUGGCUCGUUGAUAGCUGGUCUUGAAACAGCAAUAGAUUAUGCUUACCGCUGCAUUACCAAGAUGCAGACCGAGAAUAUCGUUUCUUUGGAGCCUAAAAUCGAAGCGGUGGAAGAUUUCCUUGAGCAUCGUGAUGCAUAUAUGGAUCUAAUGGUCUGGAGCGAUAGCUGUAAAAGCUGGUACAAGAACGGAAAAUCUGACGGGCCGGUAAUUGGACCUUGGAUAGGAUCUACCUGGCAUUAUGAGGAAGCACUGAGAGAGCCCCGCUUCGAAGACUACCAGAUACAUUAUCUUGGGCGCAAUCGAUUUGCAUACCUCGGCGAUGGUAGGACAAUUGGCGAAGUUGAAGGGGUUGAUAUGUCAGCGAAAAUAACCCAGCCUGGAGUCUCAAAGCUCGAAAAAGCAUUAAGUUAA